UUAACAUCCAUUUCUCUCACAAAAUAAUCGCAUAUUUCCGAUCCUUCCGUUGGGUCUCCCGAAGAAAUUGUGGUUAAAACUCACUCUCAAUUCGCAGAUACAACAGACUUUUCGAUUGUGUCUGUUUCUUUCUCAAUUUAGACAUGGCAACCAUUUUUCUCUCCUUCUGGCCUCCUUAAAGUAAAAAAAUGUACCCAAGGAAACAAUUCUCAACUGGUCCAAGAAUCGUGAAGGAAUCUUAUGACGAUUUUUGGACCAAAUUUACCGAUUCGUUAGGGUUUUACCGUUUUAGAAUUCUGAAUCUGGAAGGAUUGAAGACAGGCGUUGACAACUUUUUUCAGCUUAUGAAUUUGUGAUCUCGAGAGUAGUGUCCAAGAAAAAUGGGAGUGCAAGCUACUAAACUCAUACCAGGGAACACUAAUGAUCAGAAUGCUCUUGCUUUGCAGUAUCAACUGAUCAAUAAUGUGUCGAAACAUUUCUUUUUACGUAGGUUAGUGUCUAAAAAGAGAAGGCGGCUGCUGGUUGGUGGUUAUGAUCUCGAUAUGUCUUACAUCACCAAUCGUAUAUUAGCAAUGUCAUUUCCUGCUGAACGAAUGAGAGCCAUAUACCGCAAUCCUAUGUGGCAGGUCAAGGAUGUCUUGGAAAUGAGACAUCAUGGACACUAUAAGGUUUAUAACUUAUGUAUAGAGCAAGAUUAUGAUUCAUCCCAUUUUAAUGGUCUUGUGGAGAAAUUCCCAUUUGAUGAUAAUCAUGUGCCACCUCUCCCGAUGAUCAUGGAAUUCUGCCAAAACGUUCAUUCAUGGCUUUCAAGUGACCCAAAGAAUAUUGCUGUCAUUCAUUGCAUGGCAGGUAAAGGUCGGACAGGCUUGAUGGUAUCUUCUUUCUUGGUCUACACUGGCAUGUUAGCAGAGGAGGCUCUUCAGGUUUAUGCAGAUAAAAGGACCACAAAUAAUCUUGGAGUGACAAUACCAAGCCAACGCCGUUAUGUUCACUACUGGCAAAAAUGUCUUUUCUUUCCUGAGGGUUGCCCUCCUGAAGUGAACCUUCCUAAACCAAGUAGUAGAGAGUUGCGGCGGAUUCGAAUUCAUGACACCAGAAACAUAGAAUCCAUCUUCUUCGUUUUGUCUGAACUGCAAGAGGUAUGGCUUCUUUUAACUCAAGAUAGGCUGGAUAAUGUUAAUCAAGGAAUAAAAUACAGGGCAAAAUGCAACAAAGUUUGGUUUAGUUUCUAUCUAGAGUAAUGGAUUUUAUUUUUCUC